AUGGACCAUGGGGCAGUGGACUGGACUGGGCUCCUGCUGCGGGAUACAGGGGGUUGGUUGUGUGUUGUUGGUUGGGUGUUGGGGUUUUGGUGGGGUGGUUUUGGUGGGUGUUGUGUGUUUUGUGGGGUGGUGUUUUUGGGGGGUUGUGGGGGUUUUGGGGUUGUGGUUGUGGGGUGUGUGGGGGUGUUUGUGGUUUGGGGGGGGUUGGGGGUGGGUGGUUGGGAGGUUUUUUGUGGGUUUGGUGUUUGUGGGGGGUUGGGUUGGUGGGUGUGUUGGGUGGGUGGGUUUGUGGGGUGUGUUUGUGGGUUUUGUUUGGUUGUUGGGGUUGUGUGGGGGUUGUUUGUUGUGUGGUUGGGGGUUGAGUUUGUUUGGUGUUUUGUGUUGUUUUGGUGGUUUGGGGGUUUGUGGUUUGGGGUUGUAUUAGGAGGUGUUUUGGUGGUGUGGUUUUGGUUGUGGUUGUGUUGGGGUUUUUGGGUGUAUUUGGGAAGUUUUUGGGUGUUGUUGGUGAUGGUGGUUUGGUUGGGGUUUUUGGUGGGGUUGGUUGUUGAGUGUUGUUGUGUGUUUUUUGGGUUGUGGUGUUGUGUUAGGGGGUUUUGUUGGUGUGUUUUUGUGGGUUUGGUUGUGGUGGGUGGUUGGUGGGUUGGUGUUUUGGUUGUUGGUUUUGGGUUUUGGUUUUUUUUAUGUGGGGUGUGGGUUGUUGGGUGGGGUGGGGUUUGGUGUUGGGUGUGGGUGGUAGGUGGUUGUAGUUGUUGGGGGGUGGUGUUGGUUGUGGUUGUUGUUUUGUUUGUUGGUUUGGGGGGUGUUUUGAGGGUUUUUUGUGGUGGGGGUGUGUGGUUUGUUUGUGUUGUUUUGGGUUUGGGUUUUGGGGUGGGUUUUGGGGUUUUUGUUUUAUUGUUGGUUGUUGGUUUUUUGGGGGGGGGUGGUGGGGUGGUGUGGUUGGGGGAUGUGGUUUGUGGGGGUUUUUUGAUUGGGGGGUUGGUUGGUUUUUUUGGUGUGUUGUGGGUUUGUUUGGGUGGUUUGGGAUGGUUUUGUUGGUGUGUGGGUUGUAGGUUUGUUUUGUGUUGUUGGGGGUUUUGGGUUUGUGGAUUUGUGGUUGUGGAUAUGGGUUUUGAGUUUGAUUGGGGGUGUGUGUUUUUUAUGGAGAGUUUUGUUUGGUUUGUGGUUAUAGUAUUGAAGGAGUGGGAUGGUUUUGGGUUUGUGUUUGUUGGUUGGGGGGUGGUUGUUUGUUUUUUUGUGGGGGUGAGUUUUUGUUUUGGGGUUGUGGUUUGGUUUGGGUGGGGGGGGUGGGGUUGUGUUUGGUUGGUGUUUGUGGAUUUGUGUGUGGGUGUUUGUGUUUUUGGUUUUGUGGUGUUGUGGGUUUUGGUGUGUUGGGUUGGUGUUGUGUUUUUGUUGUGGUGUGGUUUGUUGGUGUGUGGGUGUGGUGGUGGUGUUGUGUGGGUGAUGGUGUUGAGGGUGUGUUGGGUGGUGAUUUGGGGUGUGUGGUGGUGGUUGGGGUGUUGUUGUGUGUUGGGGGUUGGGUUUGUGUGUGUGGUUUUGGUUGGUUAUGUAAUUGAUUUUGUGUGUUGGGGUUUGGUUGGGGUUGUUGGGGUUGAUGAUAUUGGUGGUGGGGGGGGGUUUGGUUGGUUGUGA